AACUCACCUGUCAUGUUGAGUUUCAGUCACAAGGCGGCGUUGUUCCUCCAGCUUAAAAGAGACGGAAAGUCGGGCUGUGCCUCCGCGCUGAACUGAGCCUCCACCGGGACGUCGAGAAUAAGGAAAACCGCAGGCUUGUCUUCGGCCUGCUGAAGUUUGCACGCGAAAAUUAGCUAAACCGCAAGCAGAUGUUCUUUAAACAUGAAUAUAUUUGAAUUAACUCUAAAAUACUUUGAUUAAUAAAAAGUUAAUUUUAAAUACUGCCAAGACGAGGGGUUUUAAUUUUUUACAAGUGAUAGAAAUUAAUCAAAGCUAGCAUAGCAUAGCUUCCUGUCACCAUAACAACGCGUACCACCGAUGCGUAGACCUGUACGGGUAGUAAACAGUAAAACAGAAACUUUAUAUUCCAAGUAUAAAAAGCUCUUUACCAAAAUAAACCACAUUUAUUGUUGUUAGUUAAUUUUACCAGGGCUACAAGGUGUGCUAACGAGCGUAGCUAACAUCACAGCUAUCCUUAUCAGGGCGUAUAUGAAUACAACCAUUUGUAGCUUACCAUGAAAUGUUAAAAAAAUCUAAAUCCUUUAAGUGCAAACGAGGAAUAAAUAAAUGUAACUUUGAGUUCAGCUAAACCAUGGCAUCAUCCAAUAGCUUCAGCAAGCGUGAUUUCCUCUUAGCUCCCAAGUGUUAAAAGCUAGCAGUGACAGCCCAGCACUAGACACCAACAGCAAUGCUGGUCUACUAGAUUUGAUUAAAAUAUAGAAAAUCAAGAUUUGUAAUUUUUAUAAUUAAUAACAAAAAAAUCUAAAAAUAACAGUUACAGAGUUUUUAAUUGAUAUCUGACGGUGUAGUUAACUAAAAUAAACAGAAAUCAAGAAAUGUGACAAAUUACUUGAAUAUGAAAUUGGUUUAGACGGUUUAGACAUUAAUUUUGCUAAUUAGGACGUGCAUUUACCAAACUUUUAAAUUUCUUUAAAAUUAGACAAUUCUUGAAUCAGCACGAACAUUUACAUAUAUAAUUAAAAAAUAAUAAUUUGGAAAGGAUAAAGGGAUUUUCAUUUAUGUUUUUACUUGGACUUCCUUUUACUUACACAUUUUAAUUGUUUGCACAUUUAAUUAUACUGCUUAAUGCUGUUUGGCAACGAAAUUCUGCAUCCAUACUUGAUUUUAGCUGCUCAGCAGUCCAUAUUUAAUGUUGCCUGAUUCUUCUCCUAAUUGUGUCAUCUUCAAUAAGAUAUAGACCUGGACCAACUAAUACUCAUUUGUUACAUAACAGGGUGUUAUCCUGCUGGAAUAACCAUAGAACUUUUGCUUGAUUGCUUACAUGUUUGCAGUUUUCCCUAAAUUAACUGCUGCAUUAUAGCUCUAGGAAUCUUUGUUCGGAAAACAAAUGUUUCAUGAAUGGUUGAGUACUCCCAUAGUUUUAUUUCUCUCUUUUCUGUCAUUUUUCUUUUUUACCUGAGCUUUCAAGUGGUAUCGGUUAGUGGAGAAGAGAGUUUUGAUUUCGUUAAAAACGUUUACUCAAAAUUAAUUAAAAAAAAACAGUGAAUAUGUUUAGCAAACAAAUAGAAUACAUUCAAACUUCACUGGGUUGUUCAACAUUCACAUAAUUAAGAAAAAAACUCAUAAAGCUUGAAAAGAUGGUUUAAUCUGCAGAUAAUAAUUCAUAUAAUGAUGCCAAAGUCAAAGAAACGUUUAUAAAUGGGACAUAUUAAGACUUUUUUCUUAAGUUAUAAUAAUUCGAAUGUCGAUGCAAAGCAUGUUUAUGAGGUUCUUUGCACAAAAUUCCUCUCACAUAAAGCAACUUCAGCUAUUUUAUGCUUGACAGAUUCAGUACCUUCCAGAAUGAGUCGUUUCAGGGAUCUGUCACUUUAAGAAAACAAGCUGGAGCUGGCCACGCCCACCCAUCCCCUCUCAGGCUGCUUUGAGCUGAAAAGUUCUGAUAUCUGUGAGGUGCUAGUAGUAGAGUUUCUACUUCUCCAGCUGCAGCUCUCAUUUGCGCAUGGUUGCUCUAAUUUUCCAGAUUGAGACAUCACAAAUGAGAUUUUUUUUUAACGGCUAGUUUUAGGCAUGAUUCCUACCAAACACUGAUAGAAUUCAGAUGGAUGAAAUGUAUUCACGUUUGGAGUCAUUAUCCACCUUACUCCUAUCAACUGUGAAUCGACUUUCGGUCUGCAUUCAUUUACAUUGAGACAAUGCAAUAUCUUUGCGCCAAUCCUCUGUUUUGGGGCUUUUAAGGACAGAAAACAUGUGUGAACACCAGCUAUCACACCUUAAACGGGACACAGUUACACUCCUCCUGCCUAUCCUGCACUAGAGUAUUGAGAGGAUGAUCUUAAAAUCUGGCCAAAGCUAACAUACUGUAGCAUUUUUAGCUACUGUCUGACGGUGAGGCAAUGAACGAUCUUAAAAGCUCCGAGGCUUAUCAGAAUAUGAGCCUAUAAGGAUUAAAAGAGGGGUUUCCUCAAUAAAGUCCACGUUGUCCCUACAUGACCUGCAUGCUGACCUGCACGCUGCCACUCCCGCCUCUUACAGAAUUAGCAGGGCGAUUACUGAAGCACGCCAACAAACACAAAUAGAUUUGUGUGUCUGGUAUCAAUGUAAUGUUUGGGGAGGAUUCACAGGCCAUGGGGGUCAGUUCUGCUGUUGGUUUGGCUUCAGCACAGAUAGGAAUGAGCUCAUUACUGAACAUCCAAAGCAGUUAGCAUUAACACUAAGUAGUUUCACGGCUUUUGCCCAUACCGGAAUAAAUCCUCUCCCAUGUGGGUGAAACUUUGAACUGAAUGCAUUGCACACAUGUUGACAGAACAACUCACACUGAUUUUCUCCUCCUGGUGUUGAAAACACAUCAGUGGGUCUAUAUUAUGUUGCUGUGGUUGGCGAUUGAUGCCGAUGAGGCAUCAUUUUACGUGCUGCAGACCUGAAGGCUAUAUUUAGUGGCUCAGUAAUCAGUAUGAAAGGUCUCUAUUCAGUCACACGGAGACAGAUGGGAACACAUUAGAUCAGUCUUAGGGGGCUUUGAGGGUUGCCUGGAAACAAUUAGCGAUCUCAGAAACUUUAACCAGCUUAUCACCAUGCAGACCACAAACCUGCUGGAGGUAGAAAGCAAGAGAGAUUUUUUUCUUUAAUAAUUUUAGAUCUGUUGCUCUAAUAUUCACUCAUAUUUAUUUGCUUAUGUUUCCUCCCUGUUUCUUUGUAUUGUUAAUGAGGUUCGGUCAAACCAUAGAAUAUAAAGUAUGUAUAAUUUAUGUUAUUAAGUUUUAUCACCUCCAGAAACAUUAAAACUGUUGCUGCCUUUACAUAGUAAAGCUCAAUAUGAAUCAGCCUCUUUGGUUUUGCACAGUAGCCAUGUAGGCAGAGCUUUCAAAAACCUAACAUCGUGUCACCUUCUAUGUUUAAUUGCACAGACAUCACCUGUGUACCAUCAGAAUGCAAGUAAAUUAAAACCUUAUUACUUUUAUCGUGGCCUGGUCCUGGGGUCAGUGGACUCAGCUUUGCAGGACAGUGAGUGAGAGUGCCUGCUGACUAAUUAAUCCUAUUAGCAUUCUUCACUCUGCAGCUCCUCUUUGUAGCAGUUGUUGACUUCUUUUUUUUUUGAGAGUCCAGGUGGUGACUUACAGUUCUGCCAGAACGAGUUCACACAUCUCUGAUGGGCAGAAAUCACGCUCUGCACUUCAUCUCUGCGGGAAAUAAUCUCUCUCCUUUUAUGGUUUAUGUCUGUGUUUUCAUGCCCGUCUACAAAUGCUGAGCAAUGGAAUCGGCCGAGGUGGAUUAUGACCAGCUGGAUAUAUCUGUGUUAUGACACAAGCUGGAACAUGAGAAGUGGAGACACGACGUGUAGAGGAAGACAGCCAACCGCUCCUGAUCUGGAACCAACAGGUGAUGCCAGCUAAGGUCAUCACCAUGGUGACCUUUGCUGACACAAGGCAGGUGUCCCCUGUGGAGCUGCAGGAACCUCCAUGUGGGAACGCCUCGCUGUCUCCAGGACUCAGGCGGAAAAAGAGGCUGUGGCAGAACGCUGUUAAGCACAUCAUCAUCCAGCAGGAGCUCAGUGCUCAGGUGGGUGUGGAACCUGCACACAAAAUCUUUGUGACAGAUGCCUACAUAGAAGAAAUCAAUGCACAAAUCCGCAGCAAGGCUUCGCGUGGAGUCACAAAGCGCCGCCUCUCCGCAUUCAGAGGCCAGGGUCGUGGUUCCACCACCACAAACUGCAGUGUGAAGGGUUCUGCUCAGGGCUACACCAGCGACGCCGACUUCUUCAUGCACUGGGGUAGAACUAUCUUUGGGGUUUUCAUACCCAUGCUGGGUCAAACCUUCAAGUCUCGUGACGUAGAGAAACUCUACCAGCAGUACUCCUCUCAUCAGAGACGCAACUCUUUAGCCAUCACUAACGUGAUUGAUGCUGUCAUCAAAUUAAACACGUUAGUCCUUUAUCUGGCCCUGGCCCCGGAUGCUGCCACUGACACCUUACGUGGUCACCUGACAUGCAUCUUUAUGGUGUUGGCAGCAGUUUUGUGCAUGACAGUGUUAACCUGCAAGGACUCGAUGUCCCCACGAUGGCUCCACUACGCUGGCCUUGCCAGCUGGUUGUCACAAACCACACAGAUCCUGGGGGGGCUCGUAUAUGGACUAGAAAAAGACCCCUCCUGGUAUGUUUUGUUCACCUUGUUUGCAACAUACACCCUGCUGCCAUUACCUCUCCUGUGGGCCAUGUUUGCCGGCUUCCUUACCUCAAUCCUGCACCUUAUGUUGGAGAUAGUGCAAUACCACAGUGAUGCAGUGCUUUUGAAAAAGGUGUUUGCCAAAGGCCUGCUGUAUCUGGGUAUGAACACAGCUGGCUUGUUCAUCCACUACCUUACAGACCACGUGCAGCGACAGGUUUUCCUAGAGACCCGGCGUUGUAUUGAAGGUCGCCUCAAACUGGAGCAAGAAAACCAGAGACAGGAACGCCUGGUCCUGUCGAUCCUGCCUCAGUUUGUUGCCUUGGAGAUGAUUGCUGACAUGAGCUCCAUGGAGGAUGACCUGAACCCCCAAGAGUUUCACAAGAUCUACAUCCACCAAUACAAAGAUGUCAGCAUCCUUUUUGCAGAUAUUAAAUGCUUCACUCAGCUGGCCAUAAACCUGUCGGCCCAGGAUCUGGUUCGAACCCUUAAUGAGCUCUUUGGGCGCUUUGACCGACUAGCUGAGGAGCACCACUGUUUGCGUAUAAAGAUUCUGGGAGACUGUUACUAUUGUGUGUCUGGUGUGCCUGAGCCUCAACGCGCCCAUGCCCGCUACGCCGUCGAGAUGGGCCUGGCCAUGAUCAGCACAAUACGACUUGUCAGAAAGCAGCUAAAAUUUGAUUUGGACAUGAGGAUCGGUAUCCACACCGGCUCGGUCCUCUGUGGCGUGCUGGGCUUACAGAAAUGGCAGUUUGAUGUCUGGUCCUGGGAUGUGGGCAUUGCCAACAUGCUGGAAGCUGGAGGGAUACCAGGGCGUAUCCACAUCUCAAGGGCAACUCUCGAUUGUUUAGAAGGUGUCUACAAGACUGAGGACGGUCACGGCGGUGAAAGGAAUGAUUUUCUCCAAAAGCACGACAUUGACACCUUCCUCAUCUGCCCUCCCGAGGAAUGGAUCCACGAAGGCCCCGCCGUGCCCGUGAAAGUUCAGAAGACUGUUCGAACCUGGACCCCGGAAAUCCCUUUUGGCCAAAUCAUUGACAUGAAUAGCAUCCUGGCCUCCUUCACUAACGGCUCCCUGCCCAGCAUAUGGCAGUCGACCUCCAGGGAGAUUAAUAAACGCAUCAAACACGCCAUUGAGGUUCGGAGCAGCGAGCGCAUGCACAAGGAGCACAUCACUCCUCUGACCCUAGUGUUCAAGGACUCGCACAUCGAGGACAAGUUUUCCCAGAUUAGAGAUGAAAUGUUCAACUCUAACAUGGUCUGCUCCUUCAUCGUGCUCCUCUUCCUGAUGGCUGCUCAGGCUGUCAUCCCCACGCCCAGGCAGCUCCCCGCUGCGCUCCAGUUUUCUCUCUUUCUGCUGCUCUACGUCCUGCUGCUGCUGCUCGCCUUUGCUGAGGAGUUCAAGUGGACUCCAGCGGCUCUGCAGCAUCUAUGCUGCUGGAUCCAUGAAAACAACAGUGCCCGUAACCUCCUCACCCUCACAGCCAUUCUCAUUAACUUUGGCCUGGUUUCUACAGAUAUGGUAUGGUGCAUCUUCACCAUCACAGAAGAGGAUGAUCCAACAGUCAGGGGGAACACAGAAUCCCGUCCUCUCAUCGUCUGCUCUCCCCCCGAGUUCUUUGUGUUGAGUGGUGUGGUCGCCAUGGUGACGUGUGCUGUGUUUCUACGCCUGAACUCGGUGCUGAAGCUGGCCGUGCUGCUGUUAGUGCUGGUGGUUUACUCCUACUUUGUUCAACUUACCGUCGUCCCAUUCUCUAGCAACGAUUUGAUGCACAGGUCUCAGUAUGUCAGGAGAAAGGGAAUUUCCAUCCUUCUCAUGGCCAUGUUUAUUGUUGCUGUGUUCUACAACGGGCGCCAGUGGGAAGCUGCUGCUAGACUGGACUUCUUGUGGCGUCUUCAGGCCCAGCAGGAGGUGGAGGAUAUGAGGGAGUUGCGAGAACACAACGAGUGUUUGCUACACAACAUCCUACCUGUGCAUGUUGCCCAACAUUUUCUAGAGCGGAGCAAAAAUGAUGAAGAGCUUUACUCCCAGUCCUAUGAAGAAGUCGGUGUUAUGUUUGCUUCUAUCGCUGGAUUCAAUGAAUACUUUGAGCAGAAAGAGAUCAAACAUGAAGGAGUCGACUGCCUCCGUCUGCUGAAUGAAAUCAUAGCUGGAUUUGAUGAGGUAAACAGGUUUAAUUUAUUGCACCUUUAUGCAUUUAUCAAUCAGCAUAACUCAGCUGCUUUACCUAAAUCUGUAAUUUUGUGCAUUUCUUCUAAAAAGUUACUGGAGGAGUCGUACUUCCAUUGCGUGGAGAAGAUCAAGACGAUAGGAAGCUGCUACAUGGCAGCAUCUGGUUUAGCUCCAAAUAAACAGGGAUCGGUGGAUGAGUGGAAUCACCUGAGUGAGCUGGUUUUAUUUGCUUUGGCGAUGCAGGAGGUUUUGAAAGAGAUCAACAAGAAUUCACCUCAGAACUUUCAGCUUCGUAUCGGUAUUGCCCAUGGGCCGGUGGUUGCAGGUGUGAUCGGCGCCACCAAACCACAGUACGAUAUUUGGGGGUCGACGGUGAACCUGGCGAGUCGUAUGGACAGCGCAGGUGUGAGCGGACGUAUCCAGGUGCCUGAGGCCACACAGAUGGUCCUGGCAGAGUGGGGCUUUGUCCUGGAACUACGAGGAGAAAUAUUUAUCAAAGGGGUGAGUGAAUGCCAGGGGAAUGUUCGCACAUACUUCAUCAGCACCAUGCGCAGCAAAAGAGCCAACAUCGGAACAGAUGGGCGCCCAGGUGGCCGCACAGCAGGACGCAUGACUCUAGCAGAAGUGGUAUUUGGUCUUGUCCAGGCCAGACACAAAGAGAGGAUGAGAGAGUCCAAUGGGAAUUUCACUUUGACUCCCAGUAAGCUGCUUUGCUGAGCAAUGCACAAAGAAGAAGACACAUUCCAUGAAUGUAUUUCAAGGUUUGCUAGUUGGAUCAAGUCUUGCCAAACUCCUUUUUCCUUCUGAUCCAUCCUGUCACUAUAAAACUAAAUGAGUUGAGACCGUCUUGGGUGAAAUCAUCUAUGAUUUCUCAUCUAAACCUUACUUUGGAAAUUAACUAUUUAUAGCAUCAUAAUAUAGGUUAACUUCAUCAUCUGAAAUCUCUGUUUUCAGUUGUUGUUUAUGCUAUUUUGUCCAGUUAAAGAAAAGCCAACACAUUUUCUUGCUUGCUUAGAAAAUGUGCUAGCAAGAGGUGAGACCUCUACGCCAAAACACACAAUACCUCUUAGAAUUUUACUCAGUGGCCUGUAAAGCCCUGGUUGACGUUUUUAGUGAGUUAUUUUCCACCAAUUUUGUUUACAGUUAAAGAUGUUUUUAUAUUUAUUAGUAAGCCCAAAGAUUUUUUAGAAAUAAUUUUACUAAUUAAUGACUAUGUGAAAAAUUAUUGUAAAGACGAGUAAAUGAAAGUCUCCAUCAGUGUAUUAUUAUUGUCGUUAUUGAACCCAAAUUGUUAUCUAGGCCCUUAUAAUCAGGUCAUAGUUUUUAAAAAUUUUGUUUUCAAAAGACUGAAGUUCAUUUGAUGAACACAUAUUGUAUUUACAUUUUGUAUGUUUAUUUUUUACAUAAACUUUCAAUGUGAAUUGUGCAAAUAAAAAUCUUAAAGC